AAAACAAUGCCAUCCUACACUGUCUAUGAAGAUGUAUGCUCCGUUGAUGAGGUACAAACUCUGAGCCGUACAUCUUGUUCAAAGUCUACACCCAUGUUGUCAUCAAGGAUGUCCUCGAAUAAAUCCAUGAUGAUGCUAGCAGUGACUAAUAACAAUAACUACAACCAACAAUAUAAUAAUAAUAUUAACAAUGGAAAGAUAAUAUCAUCUACCAAACAAAAUACAAAAGCAGCAAUGGGAUAUGUUGACCUGAAUGUAAAUCCUCAUCUGCUAACAUGUGGUAUUAACAAGGAAAACAUUGACCCAUUAACUGGUAGGGUCUAUCCAAUGUCCUCCUCAUCAAAUCUCUUCAAUAAUAAUUCUAACUCAAAGUCUAACUGUACAACAACACCUAACAACAAUAUUAGAGAUCCACUCAAAGAUAUUACAUUAUCUGUGCUGGGUCAAACCUCGACACAACCUUCAAGAAUUAAGAAGUUGACAAGCUCUUCAUUGCAAACUCCACAAAAGAACAAACUGAGAAAUGCAUCUGCUUCAACAGGUUCUCUCAACCCACUUUCUCCUUCAACUUUGUACCUUCGUUAAAUAUCUAUGAUAAGAGAUGUGUAAGAACAUUCUCUUACUUUGUGAAAUUGGUUGAAGCAAAUUGCAAAAUUGCUUAGUUUUCAAUAAAGUUUAUUUCAUUUUG